ACGGGGAAUAGGGCUAAAUAGACACUGAAUGCGUUUAUACGUUAACUACCCACCCGUGUUAUAAUAGUUAGCAUUAUAACCACACCGCUUUCAUUUCUGAUCGGUGAAUUUAAAUGUAUGGAGAUUGCAUGAUCUUCUGUAUGUAAAACGUUUUAAACAAUCAGCAUAGUCGCAGUUUUCGACCUCCAAGAUCGUUCGAGGAAUAUCAAUUAAUCCAUAGGGAUUUGCAUGUUACUUAACUCGAUUGGUAGAUCAGCGAUCGCGACAGUUUAUAACGGAUAUCAUCGUUAGAUGUACAUGCAUGUAUAUGUUUACACCACAAUAACACACUUUCAAGGCGAUGGAAGACGCAGAUAUUGCUCAGUACCAAAGACAGAUUAAUCGUGCAAACUCCAUCAGUCUGAAGAAAGAAUCCACACAAGAUGAAGGGAAAGUAAGGCACUACAAUGGUAAAGUGUCUACUUCACUCGGUAUAUUACUCAUUCUGUGUGCUAUUUCAUCCAUCAUUGUCGGAAUUGUUGCCCUUAUUGUUGAAAGUGAGUUCCAUGAUUUUGGGCCAGGAAUUUGGGCAGGUAUGUUUUUCCUGGCCCCUGGGGUAUUUGGUAUCGUGGCACGAAACAAGAUGCGAUGUUUGGUAUUUGGUUUUCUUGGUUCCUCUGUUGCAUCUCUUGUUAUAUCGAGUGAUCUGAUUGUAAUCCUAUGCAUCGGUCUUUCAACUGAUCACAUCCAAAACGACAGGGAAGCAAUCAUUGUGAAUAUCGUUGGAAUCACGAUAGCCCUGACAGCAAUGAUGACAUCAUUAUUUGCAAUUGUUCUCUGUUCAAUACCUUUCUGUCGUCCUCCUGAUAAAACAUGCCCUCACUGCCCAUCAAAGCAAGCGAUGGAAAACCUAGGAUUCACUCCUGACGAACAUCCGGGAAUAACCAUCGAAAAUAAUGGAAUAGCUUGAUUAUACCACGGAUGUUGGACUUCCAUACGGUUAUUAUUAUACCAUGACAGAUGGUGACGUAUCCAGUCAUCGAUACCGCAAAUCAUCAUGGUGCGAACAAUCAACGAUGCAUAAGCUCUGCAAUGAUUUUUAUCAAGACAUUUGAUUUAGGCUUGCGGUAUGUGUGCGCCUUCUACACACUCUGGGGAAUGUUCCAUAGAUAUUAUAUACACAGGCACUCGGAAUGCUCCACAAAGUAUCACCCCCGUAGACCUAUCAUCUUGGAGCGAGAAGCCAGGUAGAGAAGGGACAUACUUUGAUACAAAUAUUGAGUUAUUUUCCUUAUAAAUGCACAUUAAAGGGGAAUCCAACCCAAAUAAAAACUUGUUUUUAUAAGGAAAAGAAAAAUCAGACAAGUUGAUAGGUGAAAGUUUGAAUAAUAUUGGACAAACAACAAGAAAGUUAUACAUUUUUAAAAGUUGUAAAUAUUGGUAAUCACUAUACCCAUGGAGACUUCAAAUUGGCCGCAUAUGGGAUGGCAUAGUGAUGUAAGGCAAGGACUACUCUUCCAUGUACUCCAAUACAUAUUAUGGCUAAAAUGUCAUUUUUCCCAAAUGUUUUAUUUUUAAAAUUAUAUUUUUCUUUCAUGAGGACAUAGAACAAUAUACUACCUGGGUUAUAUUUAGAUUACUGCCCCAGGGGAAUGGGUACUUAUGAGAAAACCACAAAUCCCUGAUAAUAAAGUACAUGGCCUAUGGGAAAGUUGUCCUUGCCCCUUGUCAUAAUUUACUUACCCAGUUGCCAAUUUGAAAUGUACAUAGUAUUAGUGAUCUCAAUUUUAAAGCAGCUAUAACUUUCUUAUUGCUUGACCGAUUUCUUUAAAACUUUCACCAUUCUGUUUAAUUUAUUUUUCUCCUUCCCAACACAACAUUUUAUGGCCAAGGCUGGAUUCCCCUUUAAAGAAAUACAAAGUACCUAUUUCGAAAUUGAUUUUUCUAUUGUUUGAUUUUGAUAAGAAUAUAAAGUUAUGUUUUUGAGAAGUCAUGUCAGAUGAAUGUUUGUUAUUGUAUUUAUUUAACUAUUAGCAGAAAUAAUAGUAUUUCAGUCAGAUUUUAUAAGAUUUAUGAGGAUAUGUACCCUCGAUCAAAAUAUCAUUAUUCUAUUUCACUGAAGGGUUUUCUCAUUGAAUUUUAAUCAUUAAUUUCAUGUAUUCAAUGGUUCACUGUAAAAAAAAAUUAGUAGAAAUUACUUAAUAAAAUUGUGGCAAAAAAUUGCCUUAAUUUUUUCAAGUAUUUAUGACUUUGGCAGUUUUAAGUAAAAUUUACUUAUUUUCUUUGCUUCCAUUUUACUCAAAAGAUUUAGUUACAAUAACUUAAUUCAAUUAAGUAAAACAAUCACCAAAAUAUUUGAAAAUAUCAAAUGGGGGAGUGGAUGGACUUUCGUGAUUCGAAAGUCCGCUCCCCCAUCGUCCCACUUUUGGUGGCAUCAUUUUCAUUUUAUACAUGUUUUAUCCAAAUAUUAGACUUUGUGAAUUGUCACUUACCUGUACAUGUAUAGGUACUGACAUUGAUAUUUAUACGCGAUCGUUUCAUUCUUACAAAUAAAACAGUGAGAAUAAUUUUCUGCUAAAUGACUAUUUAAUGUUGCUUUUUCUUUUAUUCAACAAAAGAAUACAAUAGUUAGCACACCCUUAUCCAAAACAAUUUCAAACACAAAUAGAAAUGACAGUUAUUAAAAAAAAAACACAUUUACUUGCUCUAAUGAAUAUUCAUGCAUUAUUUAAAUAUGGCGUUAAUUGAAAAUAUAAGUACAUUCAACAUGAUUUUAUAAGUAAUAAUCAUCUUUGCCUAAUUGAGUUAGAUUUACUCAAUCAAAGCAAGCUAUCAAUACGUGAAUUUUCUUAAAUGUAUAUUGAACCCAAAUAAAUCAAGUAAAUCAAGUAAAUUAAAAGACAAGUUGAAACUACUUAAAAACAACGAAAAAUAAUUACAAAUUGUAAAUUCUACUUAAAUACAUUAAGUGUUAACUACUGAUUCAAUGUUUUUUUUUUUACAGUGUUCGAAUAUAUUUUAAUACAUUGCAUUUGAAAAGUUUUAGCAUUUUAACAUCCGUUCUAUAUAUUUUGAAGCCAAUAUUUGUAUUCAUGUCGUAUAGUUUUAUUAUGUCGAAUAAAAAUUAUAUUUGUUCUGAAGACUUUUUCAUCUCUAUUUUUCAUUAAGCUACACCGUACGACAUUGAUGCUAGAAAUAAGUCCGUUUUAUAUUUGAUAAAAAUGGUAAUGACAAUAGUCUUUGUUAAUAAUCUCCAAGUAAAGAAUAAUGCAGCUGUUUUAUUCUUUUUUAAGUUUUAUUUCCGUCCAAGUAUGGGAAAUUAAAUUUGGCAAAUGCACUUUG